AAGAGAGGGGGUGGGAUAAAAGGAAUCGAGGCGGCCGGAGAAAUGGCGGGGAGGGUUAUGGCCUCAAUAGCGCUCAGUAAAUCUCACUCGUUCAAGAAUCUUUUCUCAAAUUCUCUUCUGUUUAUUCCUCGCUUUUACCAGUUUGCACUUCGCAGUACCAGUAGCUUGAACUCUGUAAUAAGCAAGGCUUAUGGUCUGAAGUCUAGUUUUGUCUACCGCUAUGACAUAAAAACAUCUCCUUUCUUGGGACACCUAUGUAUUCAUUCGGGUCCAUGUCUGAACUCUGGUGAUAAAGUUGUAGAGCAACUUCAGGAUUCUGAAGACUCCUCUACUGUUACUGGUGCUUGUAAUGGCAAAAUAAAGAGGAAGAAACUAAAGGGGAAAAGGGCAGUUGUAAGGUGGCUGAAGUUCUUUAGAUGGAAGAAGAAGAAAGAUUACGGAAGAAUGACAGCAGAAGAAAAAAUACUAUACAAAUUGAAAAAGGCUCGGAGAAAAGAAGAGAGGCUUCUUGAAGCUCUGAAGAAGAUUGAGCCUGCAGAAUCAUCAGAAACAACCCAUGAUCCUGAGAUAUUGACGCCGGAAGAGCACUUUUUCUUCCUAAAGAUGGGCCUUAAAUGUAAAAAUUAUGUGCCUGUUGGAAGACGGGGAAUAUACCAAGGUGUAAUUCUGAACAUGCAUCUGCACUGGAAGAAACACCAGACUUUGAAAGUGGUAGUGAAGACGUUUUCACCAGAGGAGGUCAAGGAGAUCGCUGCAGAGCUGGCAAGACUUACGGGAGGGAUUGUGCUUGACAUUCAUGAAGAUGACACAAUAAUAAUGUACAGAGGAAAGAACUAUUCUCAGCCCCCAACUGAGAUAAUGUCUCCUCGGGUUACUCUGUCAAGGAAGAAGGCAUUGGAUAAAUCCAAGUGUCGGGAUGGCCUUCGAGCUGUGAGGAGAUAUAUUCCGAGACUUGAGCAGGAGCUUGAGAUGCUUCAAGCGCAGCUCAAGAGCAACGCCGAUAGCAAAAUAGAUGCUGCUGAGGAAAACCAGAAAAUUGAUUACAAUGGGAGUAUUGAAUCCGGUAGCGUUACAGAAUUCCAGUCAGGGAAUGCAGAUAAACUUUAUGAAAUAAUAAACAAGAACAAUGAGUGCCCCGAGGGUGAAGCUGAUAUGGACACAGAAUUGGAUCCAGAUCCCGAAGAUUUAUCAGACAUCUUCGAGAUUGACUCAGAGACAGAGGACGAAAUAAAAGAGGAACAACCUCUAUAUUUGGACAAAUUUGAGAAAUUUCCAGAUCAGAAUGGCGGGGAAAUCGAUGACUUCGAGGAGCAUUUACGACAAAUAUCUCUGAAGUCCAAAAACUCCAACUCUACGGAAGAUGUGGACUUGCCCAAGUUUGAUGAAGUUGACAGGAUUGUGCUGCGUGCAGCGUCCCUCUUAAAGAAAAAGAGAACAUGAGACUUUUUGCGGAUAAUAGGUGCAAUCUUCGUUACAGAAAAGGGGGAUCAACUAGGGAAAAUGGAGAUUGCUCAAUUUUUAUUGAAAACAAUGGUAGUCUUCUUAUUAGAAUGGAAAAAACGAAAGGUUUCCGUUUUUGGAUUGACAUCGAUCAUAUGGAGUAUGGAGUAAAAGAGAGAUAGGCAUAAGUCAUAACGCAGCAAAUGGUUGCGAAACCGCUGGGAAUUGAUAUGAUCUCACGCGUUGGUUCGCAGUUGAUUGCUAAUGUGAUAUCUGAAAGAAAAGAAGGCUUCUCAUUUCUUGGGCGGAGUGAAAUUGGUUCGCGAAGCACCCCAGAGAUUCUAGAAAACAAGCUGUUGUCAUUUGAUAUGAUAUCACCCGCAAUUUAUUGCCGCACAACGCCGUACACAAUUGAAGAAAACAUGACUGCUGAGAUAGAAAGACGAUGCAACAGAGAGGGGAUGCGCAGUAGGCAAGGGGGAUAGCGCUCUGCGGCGGGAGAAUGAAAAUUAGCGGGCAGGAGCAGAUGAGAAGGUUGGGGUGGGGCUAAUUUUGUAAUUGACAUAAUAAUUACUCAGGAGGAAUCAGGGCUCUCAAUUUUGGGAGAAGUAUCUCAAAGGA